AUGUAUGCACCCUCUGCUGACGAUUCAAUGUACACAGAUUCCUCACCAGCAGAAACUAGUAACAACGAAUAUGAAAAUGGUCAACAUGGAAUUGGUGCGGAUAUACUUAAUGCUGAUAGUCAGUCACCUAUUAAACGUGAAGAACCCGAAGUAGAUGUAACUGGUGAAGAACCUUCUGCGACAGAAGACCAACCAUCACCUCUAAAAUUUGAUGAUCAAUUUGGGGAAGUUGUUGACGAAGAAAGAGAUAAAAUACAAAGACUGAAUAUGCGUCAUCCCCAUAAUAAUACUGCCGUUAGAGAUUAUCUAAAUAAAACCGUUGUACCUAGUCUUAUGGCGGGACUAAAAAAAAUUGUUAGAGAAAGGCCGACAGAUCCAUGCGAAUUCUUAGGCAGAUAUUUAAUUGAUCAUUGUCAACAUGAUCAUACUAAAGACGAAUAUGGUUCAGAAAUGCGAAUAAAACAUGAAGAUACUGAUGAUUGUGAACGAACAACAACCCGACAGAAACAAAGAAGAGAUAGUAAUUCAAGUUUGGACGUAGGUUCAGAAAUGGAUGUUGAUAUGAUAUUGAAUCCUUAA